AUGUCGUCCCCAAAGAACUUGAAAGAAGUUCAAAAUCUCAAUGGAUCCUUGGCGGCACUCGGGAGAUUCAUCGCCAGAUCGUCGGAUAAGUGCAAGCACUUCUUCAACAUCCUCAAGAAGGGGAGUAAGUUCGCAUGGACCGCUGAAUGUGAAGAAGCCUUCCAGAAGAUUAAAGAGUACCUGGCCACGAUCCCUAUCCUCCAGAAGCCCGAUCCCGAUGAAGUGUUGGCCCUGUACAUAGCAGCGACCGAAGACGCAGUCAGCGUAGUCCUGGUCAAAACCAAUAUGAAGGUUGAGCAAUCAAUCUACUACGUCAGCAAGACUCUCAACCCGGCGGAAAGAAACUACACGAAAAUUGAGCAACUCAUACUAGCAUUCGUAUGGGAAACCCAAAAGAUGAAAACUUACUUCUUGACUCUUUAUGUUCGGGUCCCAUGUAAAGCACCAUUGAAAGCUGUUCUCAAAAGCGCUGGGAAGGUAGGCAGGAUAGCAAAAUGGAAUACUCAUCUUGAUCAAUUCAAUAUUAUCCACGAGAUCCAAACUGCCCAAAAGUCACAAGUCUUGGCGGACUUACCUCUGGAUAGCGACGAAGAAGUGAAGGACAUACCAGAAGCAGAAGAGGAUGUAAAAGAUCCAGUUGACGUACUAGAACCCUCAAGCCAAAGAAUAUGGGAAGUCUUCGUGGAUGGAUCAAGAAAUAGAGAAGGCGCAGGUAUUGGCAUCGUGAUCACUGCCCCAGCCGGAGAUAGGGUCGUACACGCGUUAAGAUUAGAAUUCAAGGGGCAUACAAACAACAUCGUGGAGUACGAAGCCGUAGUACAUGCCCUUCGUUUAGUAAUAGAAAUGGGAAUAACCGAUGUACGCCUAACAAGUGAUUCACAACUGGUCAUUCAACAAAUCGAAUUGGAAUAUAAUGUUUAUGACGAGACCCUCUCAGCAUAUAUGGGGCUGGUCCAAACCUUAGCAUCCCAAGUACCCAACAUCAAGUUCCGACAUCUAUGCAUAAAAGAUCUCAGGCAUGGUGAUGCCUUAGCAUACAUAUCGUCCAUGUUAAAGGAUGAAAGAGUCAAGGCCAUCAAGAUAACAAGAGUGUAUGAGCCGUCGGUCAUUCCACAACAAGCCUUCGCUACAAAUCGUGAAGACGAUAUAGGGGGAGACAUUGCUGAUGAUGAUGUAGGGGAUGACAUUGCCGAUGACUUCGUCGAAUAUGAUAUCUUAUCAAGAGCAAACGAGGACGAAGACUUCAAAAACGAAGAACACUGGAGAACUGAGGUUCACUUGUUCCUUGAAGAAGGAACGCUGCGUGCAGACUUGAAACAAGCUCGAAAGAUACAAUCAAAGGAAGGAAGAUACGACCUUCGAGACAGAGUUCUCUACAAGAAAUAUUUUCACUCGACCCUCUAUUGCGCUGUUUAUCCAGAUAAAAGGGUCACCGUAUCAUGA